AUGAUCCUCCCUACUCUCCUCCUCACCACCUUCUCUAUCUUCCUCCACUCCACCCUCGCCACCCCACUCCCACCCGCACCACCAACCACUCAAUGCGGUCCCUUCUCCUCCCCCAUCGAAGGCCUAACUCAAGGCGGCUACCGUCUCGCCCACGCCAUCGACUCCAACAACGCCACGCUGCUGAACCAAGUCUUCACCGAUGAUACGUACUAUGAUUCGAGUGCUUUGGCGCCUUACGGAGGCGUGAGUAAAAACAAGAAGGAGGCAAUCGCGGCCAUCCAAGCGGCUUAUGAGAAUGGAGGGAUGAGAGGGGUGAAGAUGGAACAUUUGGUUACGAAUUUGUUGGUUUUGGAGAUGAUGAGUUCGAGUAGCGCGCGGGUGUUGACGAGCAUCACCUGGUCCCACUGGGACUCCGCCGCUCUGGACGAUAUUCGCAAGACGUUUCGGUUCUAUUAUCAGUGUGAUGAUAUUUGGGUUUGUCAGAAUGGAGGGUGGAGUUUGAAGCAUUCUGUUGUGCAGAAUAUGGGGCCGGGGGUGGAGGCUCCUUAUCAGGCGCAGUUGUUGAUGGGUGGGAAGUGA